AUAUAAUAACAGAACUUAAGGUCAGAACGUGAAAUCUAGAUCCUCUAUGAGGCUGUGGAGGGAUCGAAAUUGUGGACUUAGAAGAAAACAUAAAGAAUCAGCGUACAAUGACACCUUUCUUUUUAAGCCCUGGAUUUCUAGGCCCUUGGUAUUAUUGUUGGAUCUGAUUUUAAUAGUUAACAUGUUGAUGGCCAUACUAAAAAGAUAUGCCAAUGUUGCACAACCUUGUUUUGACAGUAAAACUUUCUGAGAAGUAUCCAUUAUUUACUAUUUUAUUCAUUCAUGAAAACCAACAUGUGCUUUUUGGUCUUAAUUUAAGGUUAGGGUCAGGCAGUGUAGUUCAGGUUAGGAUUAAUUAGUAAAUAGAUAACACAAGGCUACAAAUUAUUAUUAUGAAAUGAAUAAAUUGAGUAGUUUAUAACAAUAGCUUUCUGACCCUCAUGUCUCGGACCCUCAUGUCUCUGUCCCUCAUGUCUCUGUCCCUCAUGUCUCUGACCCUCAUGUCUCUGACCCUCAUGUCUCUGACCCUCAUGUCUUGGUCCCUCAUGUCUCGAACCCUCAUGUCUCGGUCCCUCAUGUUUCUGAUCCUCAUGUCUCUAAUCCUCAUGUCUCCUGUCUCUGAGCUGCCUGCAGAACAAGGUUCAUGAGGAAAGAUAACCUGCGUUAUUAGUUAUUUUGGCACGUACUUUGCCUCCAGUAACAUGCACACUUGCAUAAUUGCACAUACAUACUUGUUUCUCUGAAAUGUCUCUGUUCUUCUGGUAAAAGAGAACUUGAUAGUACCAUAUCCUGUUUUUUUAGACCCUAUAACUGCGCUGAAAAGCCAUAAGCAGCACACACACAUGCAAAGGUUUCUCAGAAACGUCUUUGUUCGAAUAAAACAGCAGUACAGGGUGUAGUCACUAGUUUGAGGCAUCGUUAAAACUGAAGAGUUGGAUCAGAGAUCAUUCUUUGUCUUCUCCUCCAACAUUGAGGACUGUAGCUGAUGAACUACAGAACACAGCUUUUCUACGAACAUCCACCAAGAAGAAAAGAAAAACAGCAAGAGAGAGAAGCAUUCGACUUCACCUGGACUUCUGUGAGGCGGAGAAGAGAGCUGAAGGACCUUUCGUGGGAUGAAUUUCAGUCCUCAAACAUGAGAUAAAAAAAACAUCAUGGCAGAUGAGCAUAUUCCUUUACUUGAGCAGAAAGAGACGACAGAUUUCGGCAAGAGAGAGAAGCAUUCAACUUCACCUGGACUUCUGUGAGACGGAGAAGAGAGCCGAAGUACCUUUCGUGGGAUGAACUUAAUUCCUCAAACGUAAGAUAGAAAAACCAGCAUGGCAGACGAACGUGUUCCUUUACUAAAGGAGGCAGAGACAUCAGGCUUUGGUUCUGUAGAUGGAUUCUGCCUACGUGAAAGAUCCAGACCCAUAGCUGUUUCAUCACCCUAUCCCGAGGAGAAUGACAGCCCUGCAGUUUGUAUUUCCACCGAUUCAGAGCAGCCAGCUGAUCUGAGGAUAGUUCUGGUGGGGAAGACUGGAGCAGGGAAGAGUGCAACAGGAAACACCAUCCUGUGGAAAGAUGCCUUUACAGAAGAGGCCUCUCCUGUGUCUGUAACUGCACAGUGUGAGAAACAGAGUGGAGUGGUGGAUGGGAGGAAGAUUGAUGUCAUCGACACCCCGGGACUCUUUGACACAGCCAUGUCUCAAGAAGAGAUGAAAAGUGAGAUAGAAAAGGCCAUCUACAUGUCAGUCCCAGGGCCUCACGCCUUCCUGCUGGUGAUCAGACUGGGGAGGUUCACAGAGGAGGAGAGGGACACUGUGAAGUGGAUCCAGGAGAACUUUGGAGACAAAGCAUCAAAGUACACCAUCAUUCUGUUCACUGGUAAAGAUCAAUUGAAGGGGAAAACAGUUGAGGAGUUUCUGAAUCCUUGUGUUUCAAUUCAGGAACUGAUCAAAAGUUGUUGGGGAAGAUACCAUUGUCUCGAUAAUGAUCAGAAGGAUGACCGUCUUCAGGUCAGACAGCUGCUGAUUAAGAUAGAAGAGAUGGUGGCAAUAAAUGGAGGAGAGCACUACACCAAUGAGAUGUACCAGGAGGUUCAGAAAAAAUUGAGAGAGGAGGAUGAGAGAAAGAAACAGGAGAUGGAGGAAGAGAGGAGGAGAAGAGAGGAUGAGAUACGGGAGGAAGAAAGGAGGAGACAGGAAGAAGAAAGGAGGAGACGGGAAAGAGCAACAAGAGAAAAUAUUGCGAUAGGUUUAACUUCAGCAGCAGCUGUUGGGGCAGCAGUAGCUGGGACUACAGUACUUGCUGUAGUCCCAGUAGUGGCUGUGAUAGCAACACCAAUUCUGUUGGUUGGGGCAGCUGGUUUAGGUGGAGCAGCUCUUGUCAUUUGGAUAAAGAAGAUAAGACGGUAAAAAAAGACGGAAAUGAGCUGUAAUAGUUUCAAUAUUAAUGUUAAACAUGGUCCUUGAUGAAUUUAUAAACACAUUUGGUGUUAGGGUUUUCUUCCGUCGAAGGAGAGUCGGACCAAAAUGCAGCGUGGUAAUUUCCAUGCGGUGAAGGAGAGUCGGACCAAAAUGCAGCGUGGUAAUUUUGAUACAUGUUUAAUAAAGAUGAAAAAAACGAACAAUACAAAAACAAUAAACGUAACGUGAAAACCUAUACAGCCUAAACUGGUUACAACAAACACAGAGACAGGAACAAUCACCCACCAAACACUCAAAGAAUAUGGCUGCCUAAAUAUGGUUCCCAAUCAGAGACAACGAUAAACACCUGCCUCUGAUUGAGAACCAAUUCAGACAGCCAUAGACUAUGCUAGAUAACCCCACUAAGCCACAAUCCCAAUACCUACUAAAACCCCAAUACAAAAUACACCACAUAAAUAAACCCAUGUCACACCCUGGCCUGACCAAAAUAUUAAAGAAAACACCAAAUACUAAGACCAGGGCGUGACAUUAGGUGAUACAUAAUAACAUGUAUACUGUAGGUGAUUAUGAAUAAAAAAAUCAGAUCAA